AUGGCUCUGUGGCUCAAUCUGGUUGAAUGCUGCGGGGGCGCGCGCCCGGGCGGCUCCGUGAACGAAAGGAAAAAAAAGAGAAGCAGAGCUCGCGCCUCGCGGUGUGACAGCUCAGAGCUGUCCACGUCAACACACCGAGAGAGAGGCGAGCACGGCGCCGCGAUGGACUCCACGUCUCUGGUGAGCCUCCGCGCCGGUACACCGGGCCCGGUACCGACAUUCGGACACCUGUGGGUCCGUGUGCUCGGCAGUUUAUGCGCUGUUUGUGUAGUGUUUGUUUGCGUGAGCGUGCGGGACAUUUGUUGCAUUACGGCAGUUUCGUUGGAGAGGAGGAGGAGGAGGAGGAGGGAGGAAGAGGAGGGGGGCUCCACUGCAGAGUGUUCAUUUAUCACAAACAGGGUUUUAAUUCUUCUGUUCAUUAACGUGUGUGUGAGUUUGAACCGUCAUGCUGUGUACGUGUGUGCGUGAGUGCACGCGCAGGCCCGAUCUGAGCGCGGUGUUUCCACGCAGCAGCAGCGGCAGCGGCGCGUUAAAAGCGCGUUUCUCUCCGUCUACGGAGUAAAAAUAGUCCCGAUCGGCUGAGCUGACCGCGGUGCGACAACUUAUCAGGGUGUUAAGUUAACUCCAUUACAAUAGACUGAGUGACUGAGACACAGCUGUGAUCCACUUACACGCACACACACGCACGCAGAGACACACACAAAUACACACACACACUGUUAGUCUGUGCAGAGCGCAACAGGACGGAGCAGCCAAAGCUUCAGCUCCUGCAGGAUCACCUGUAGAGACUCGAUCCUCCCUGUGUGUGUGCGUGUGUGCGCGUGCGUGUGAGUGUGUUUUUAUUUGACACAUUAGCAGAAGUGUGUGUGUGUGUGUUAGUGUGUGUGUGUGUUUAAAUAUCCAGCUUGUGUUGAGCAUAUGUGCUGGGAUCGUUGACGUGUAGAGCGGAGUAGGUGCCACGUCCACCGUUCUCUCUCUCUCUCUCUCUCUCUCUCUCUCUCUCUCUCUCUCUCUCUCUCUCUCUCUCUCUCUCUCUCUCUCUCUCUCUCUCUCUUGUCUUUCCUCAUUCUGGCUCUAACUCUGUUUAUUCAAAUGAAUGGAAAGUUACAGAGUUCAUUUACUCAAGCUUACUCUUUAAAACAACUUAGAGGAGGAUCUGUUUGUUUGAAGCUGAUGUUGAUUUUUUUCAUAUUUAGAGUCUGAAUCUCUCUGAAGUUUGGAGCCGCUCUCUACACUCUGAUAUAAGCGCACAAAGAUGCACCAAAAGUUCUUGUUUUAGUCGCUGAUUGUUGUUCUUGGUGUGUGACGGUGUUACAGAGAGGAUCCCUGCAGAGAGGAGCUUUUUGUUAAAGAGGAAGAUGAUUAUUUUUAACCAGAAACAGCUGUUACAUCACUGCUUUUAAAGACACAAUGACUCCUGGGAUAAAAACACUCUUUCUUCUGUUUGUAUGAUUGUGUAGACGCAGGGGUAGAUCAGCAACUCCUGUGUCCUGUGAGGUUAACGGAAUGUAGCUAGGUUCGCUUGCAUCUGCGACGCGUUCAGUUAUCGGUCCGGUUUGAGCGUUAAAAAGUGAUUUAUUGUUCGAAAAAGAAAAGAAAACACGUUGAGCUCGGUCCAGAACUUUCCCUUCGAAUGAAAAGGUGAUUUGAUGAAAUAAGGUCAAAACAGGACGAGUGAAACAGUGAAAAACGGUAACAGAAAAUUAUUAGAGCUUACCAAACCCAUGAUCUGACGACACCUGUGAGAUUUAAAUAAUCCUCCAAACAUCCAAACAUGACGUACCUGGUUGAAAUCGAACUCAACAAAUAUAUUUUGGCUCCAACACGGAAUAUUAUCGCUGUAAGAUCAGCGUUUUAAUGUACGAUGAGCGGGAUAGAUGCUAAGUUUAGUAAGUUUACAGACGGCAGAGAGGACGUAACCUCCCUGAAGGUCAUCUAUCUAUUGUUUAGAGAUCUUAAAUAUCGUUUCCAACUGUUUAUCAUUAAUUAUUACUCCAACUAAUUUCAUUUUGGGUUCCUCGUCUAUCAACAGUUGACAGACUUUAUUUUGUCUUUAUUUUGACUCCUUCCUCACAAUCUCAAGCUAAGUCAGUUUGUGUCGUCUGUAAACAAAGUUAUUUUUUUAGUUUCUGAGAUUACUUCUAUCGUUUUAAUAUAAGCUACAAAAUAAACAACAACGGCUCCAGCACAGAACCUUGGGGAACUCCACGCUCAUCCUUCAGCAGCUCCGUUUAACCCGGUCGAUUUGAUCGUGGUUCUGAGCGUCUCUUCCAAUAACACCGAAGUCCUGAUUAUUUAUAUUAACGUAUAACUGACGAACAGUUCGCUACAAAGAGACUGUUUUUUACCGUGAAAUGGUACCGAGUGGGAACCUCCAGAAGUGCUAAGAGCUGCAGUUCCCUGAGCGUCCACUGGAGGCUGUCUACAGGAGUUUUGGCGCUGUGGGCAGGAGCCAAAGACUGUAUCUAGAAUGGACGCCGUCUGCCUCCUUGCUGGGUGAAGCCACUCUGAGAACAGCGCCCUCUGGUGACGAGCUGCAGUAUAGGUCAUAAACCCCGCCUCCUUAUGGAGCUGUGGACAAACUUUAUAAAUGAAUGACACAGAAUAUAAAUGUUUCUCCCCCCUGGUUGUGAUGUUGACAUGUAGUUACUGUCAGACUGGUUUGUGCUCAAGUCCUCUUUUUGAGCUGAGCUUCAUCACAGCGACUCUCCUGACAAAUGCGUACGACGCUACUGCGUAAUGUUGGUUACAGGAAAUGGAGAAAAAACACAGAAUUACCGAGAACUUUUCGGCUUCAAAACCGUAUACAGGAGGAAGGCGGAGCCAAGUUGUCCAGAGUUUAUGCAGUCUAUGACAGGAGCGCACAGUAGCUGAAGUUUGGUUGAAUUAGCAUAAUUCGAUGACAGCCGGUUUUCUGUCCAGACUCUCCAGAAUAACUUUGAAUGUUCUGGUUCUGUUCGACAGAGACCUUCUGAAAGUCUUCCUCAUGUUUCCAACAAACCGAACAGAAAUCUGACUCAGAGGCUCUUUCUCACCACAUCCUCCUGAAACAGACUUCUCUACAUUCUCACAUUGUGUCUGUAACGUGGAGUAAAUUCAGAAGUGGAUUAAAAAUAGACGCACAGACGGGGUGCCAAGUCCAAACUGUCCGAAACUUUGAUGUUGUUUUGUUGUGUAACGUCUGCAGACGUCUAAAUCUGUCUUUUGGUUUCGUCUGGCCGACUUUGAAACGCCGCAGAAAAACAUCAUGUUUGACUUUUAGAUCCAGACCUUCAGAUAGACAGACAGACGUUCCUCCUCUGUGCUCAGGCUCUAAUGGAGACCGAGGCUGUCUGAUUUCUUCACAUAAAGAAUCUGAGAUUGAUUUUAUUUCCUGCUUUUUUCUCGUUAAUUUGAUUCGGCAGACUGAGCUGCAGGUUUGCCGAGACUCUGAUGAAGCUGUUGCUCUCAGGUUCAGCCUCGGCGCUGAGGUGUGUUCAGGAUCAUCCGUCACACUGUGUACAGAGCGGCUCCCUGAGGACAGGGCAGGACCGGGACCAGCAGCCGGUUACACCAGCUGAGCUCGGGUCAGAUGUCGUCUGGUUUUAUUGUUCAGGAUAAUUUGGAUUAAAGAGUCUUUAUUUUUGAAGUAUUUGCGCUCUGGUGACGCGCUCACGCCUCACUGAUUAUUCUGUGCUGAAGAGACGCUGACGGAUUUGAUUUAAGAUGCAAAACUGAGCGGAUGAAAUGAGAGGCAUGCUGUUAAACAAAGACUUCAGAGGGUGGAGACGAACAGGUUUUAGUGGACGUGAUCCACUGAACUCAUCUGGAACUAAAACAAGAUUAUAGAUCCUGACUUUUGGGGAUUACAGAGAAGACAGGACUGUAAACAGGAUCCAUCAUUUAGUCUUUGAGGUGAUCGGGUUUUUAGUAUAUUUGAAGCCUGAUUUGUAUCUGCGAAUCAGGUGUCAGCAGGUUUUAGCAGGGAAACAGUCAGUAUGGAGAGCAAAAGCAGGAGGAACACGAUCCACCAAUAAUGACCUGAUCAAUAAUGAUCUGAGGAGGAUCAGAGUCUCUGUAGAAACAGAAAUCUGCAUGAAGGUCAGCCAACAACCAAACAUUCACAGUCAGUACGUUUUCAUGACACUCGAGAAAACCAAAUUAUCGCCGUACUCCGAUUAAGACCGGACAACCGAAGGUCAUGUAAACACCUUAUGAUAAUGCGAUUGGAAUUCGAUUUUCUCUACCAUAUAACCAGCGUAGUCGGAGUAUAAUCGGACGAUGCAUGUGCACGUGCGAACAAAACCCCCAGAGUAGAGGAGUAGCGUUGGUCUCAUCUUUAGAAAAAGUAGCACGUCCAUCAUGUCGGACAAAAACAACGCUGUACGAUGCUCCAUCUUCUUGUUUCUCCAAAAUGCCCAGCAGCAGUUGUAGACACUUCUGACGUCUGACACCGACCUGCUGUUGUUGUUGACGGUUGUAUGGGGUCAGAAACAGGGCCGCUGAAAAGACCCAUAUCGCCCCCUAGUGUUGGGGAGGAGGACACGCUCACGUCAACGAAUCUAACCUUCACUCAAUGAACAAAUAGUAGACUCAAUAAAGAGGAGAAGCUCUACGAAAACCAGAUUCUGUUUCAGGCUUCAGGAAAGUGACUGAACAUUUACAGAGAAACUGAGACUCUGCAGAAACAGACGAUAGGGACUUUAAACCAGAAAUAACCGCUUUUAUCACCAGACUAAAGCCGAUAAACAAAAACUCAGUCUUCAUAUUCUCGUCUGCCUGGGAGCUCGCAGUCUCUUUUCCAUUUUCUCUUCACGCACAAACACAAACCCGGGUUUCUGAUCAGCUGUGUCAACAUCAAACCUCCAUCUCUGCAGCUGUGAUUCACAAUAUCAGAAGUUUGCAUGUGUGAGAUCGACAGCUGCUUAAAAAGUUUCAUAUGAACAUCAUCAAACAUGCAGGACCAGGACGUGUUUGGGUUUUCGAGAGUUCACUACCAACUCCACCAAACAUCUGCUGGUUUUAGUUUCAGUAGAAACCUGCAGAUCUUCUCUGAUGGACGAGGAUGUUUCCAGUUCCUGGUCUAAGUUCUGUGAUACACUCUGACUGUGAAUCUAUGCUAGUCAGUGCAUAACAGAACUUUGUCCCGGUUCUGACGGUCUUCACAGAGAUGAGCGCCGUGUCUGAGAGACAGAGCUGCUGCUGAUGCUUCUGAACAUUUACAUAUUUGGAAAAAUAAUCAGAAAGAGAGGAGUGAUCUUUGAGAAAGCAGCAGAGUCAGAGUGAAAGUCAAACCAGUUUUAUCUGGUUAGUAGAUGCAAAUAAAAAACUCUCAUUCAGGAGUCAGAGGAAUAAUUCAGCGUGUGUGUGUCUCAAACUAAAAUGACAUUUUCUCUGUUUAUGGUUACAGGAACCCUCCCUCUACACGGUCAAAGCUGUUUUCAUUUUGGACAAUGACGGAAACAGACUUCUAUCCAAGGUAAAAAUCAACUUUCUUACCCAUGAUGCUUCAAAUUAGAGUGAGCUGUGUCUUAGUUUGUCGUCCUGUAACUCAGAAAUAUUUAAGAUGUGAAUUAUUGUGACUGUUUUAACCCUGUAAGACCUGUCAGCUGAAAGGAAAUCCGUUUUCAGGGUAAUCUACUGUAAAAUAAACCGGAGGGACGUCUCUGUGUAACUGAAUUUUUACAGUGAAACUGAGACCCCUGAGAUUUUUGGGGUUAAAAUUACAAACUCCAAUAAAAAGGGAUUUUCAAAGUCCUCUUUCAGAAGUGGUUUAAAUGAUUUUAAAGGAUUUCUACAUUUCUGAUGGUUGUCUCCGGGAGGGUAAAAUAAACGUCUGUUUCUUGGAGACGUCCUGAACUUGUUUCAAAUUUUUCCUGAAAGAUGUUUUCAGGUCACUUUUUCUGUCCCUCAUAAAUUUUUUUCCAGGUAUCUGGUCAAAAUUCAUAAAAGCUUUAAAGUUUAAAAUAAAUAAAAGACGGACUGGCUCAUCAUACAAGUCCAUGAACAGAAUUGCAUGAUGGGAAAUAUCCUUUUGUUUGAUCAGCUGUUUUGAGUCAUUCAUGGAUGUUCAUCUUAAUCAAACCUGACAAACCGGACGAUCUACUUCACAUAUUUACAGCAAAGCAGAUUUUUCACACCCAUCCUGGUAACAUCCCAGAGACGCUGUUAGUGAACGAUCCCUGCUGCUUUUGUUUAGAAAAUUAGUGCAUAAAAGACAUUUGACAGGGUUUAUAAUUCCUGAAUUUGUCAGGAUGAGGGCGUGUAAACAACCGCACUCUUCAUCCUGACUUUACUCAGACUUUUUCCCGACAGCUUCCAGGAAAAAUCUCAACAAAUGUCGGGGUGAAACAACUCAAGAAAGCAGCAAGAAAAAAAACAGAAAAAAUCUCAGCAAAUGUCAGGGUGAAAAGAAGUAGGAAUGCAGGAAAAAAAAUCAUUAUGAAUGGGCUGCAUGUGGGUGUGCAAAGAACCACAUAUUUUAUCCUGACUUUACUCAGACUUUUUCCCAACAGCUUCAAGGGAGAAUCUUAGCAAAUGUCAGGAUAAGAAGACGAAAGAAAUCAGCAGGAAAAAGACAGAAAAAUUCCCAAUGAGUGGACUGGACUGAGGAUGUUUUUGUAUCAUGUGACCAGGGUCAUUUUUGCUGUAAAGAAGCCUUCACAGAACUGGUGUAAACCCAAAACAAAUGUGAUGUAAAAGUCAUGUAAAUGUCAGGAUCUGCUGCAGCUGUCUUUUUAUGGAUAUCCUGUAAACAUUUCAUGGUGACUACAGUGAUCUUCCCACAUUGUAUCCUACAUCCUUAGUCUAAACUGUCCGAAUAAGUUUGAGGUGUCCUGAAAUCUUCUGGACAUUUUCAGACAGCUGAUCCUAAAUCUGAUUUUGUUUUUCUUUCUCAGACAUGAAAUCCAAACGUAUAAAUCCUCCUCUUCUUUAUCUGCUCUGUGUUUCAGUACUACGACCCUGAACUUUACCCCUCCAUGAAGGAGCAGAAAAACUUUGAGAGGAACGUUUUCAACAAGACGCACAAAGCCGACAGUGAGUUUCCGUCUGUUCCUGAUUUUUCUGGAUGUUUUUCUGUCUCUCAGUUUCACACACGUCUCCGGUGUCUCCUCAGCCUGAAGCGUUUUUAGAUGAAUCCGUCAGAAAGAGACAAAAAGACUCAAACGAAGGAAACGUUCGUUUAUCUGUUUUAUCGUCACAGGAAGAAAACUUUUCCUGUUUUUUUUAAUUGUUCGUUUUCUGCAGAUGAAGUUUAAAACUGAGAUUUUCACACAGCUGACACCUGAGUCCUUAUCUCCUCUCCUCAUACUCCUCCUUUUGUUCCUGACUCCUCCUGCAUUCCUCCUUUUCUCCUCUCCUUUCUCCAAUGUCAUCCUAUCUCCUCCGUCCCCAUCCUCCCUUUGUCCUGCUCUCCCCCCUUCCUAACAGUGUCUCUGUUUUCACACCCUUUCUCAUCUCCUUCCCUCCUUUCCUCCAUCCUUAUUCUUCCACUUUUAUUUCCUCAGUUUUUCUCUUUUUGGUAAAUUUCUCUCAUUUCAUAAAAAGCUGUGGAGAAAAAGAGAAAAAAUUUGAGUAAAGAUGUAAAAAUGGAUCAUCUCUCUGUUCCUCAUUUGUAGUUUUUCCUUUUUCACGUCUUUCCUGUGACUUAAAACUCCUCUUUCUCUUCCUCAUCUCUCUCCGUCUCUCUGGUUUAGAUGAAAUCGCCUUCCUGGAGGGGAUGACCAUCGUCUAUAAGAGCAGCAUCGAUCUCUUCUUCUACGUCGUUGGGAGCGCUCAAGAGAACGAGGUGAAGGACACAAACUUUUACACGAUUUUAACAACAACUUCAUAACAGCUGGAAGUCAAAGUAAUCCUGAUGAAUCUUUCUGAAUCAUCCUCCACGUUUCCACACCUGCGGCUCGUUUGUUUCAUUCGAAUUCAGAUGAAAAAAACAAAAACACCUCCACAGUAAAAUCAUGAAGCUACAUGAGCUUUGUAACGUUACAGUGAGAGAGGAAAUACAACCAUGAGUCCAAACAAAGAAACCAGCCGCAGGUGUGAGAGCGACCCGUCUGCUCCUCCUCCUCCUCCUCCUCCUCCUCCUUCAGAUUCAAGGAUUAAAAACAUUUACAUGAUCCUCUUUUAUAUUCUCUGAUAUCUCUGCGUACUUGACCCCAGUUCUGGUUUUUGUCCUGGUCUGAAUUCUGCAGAAACAUGAAGCAGAGCCUGAGUUAAAAAUCAAACUCUUAAUUUAACUUCUUCUUCGUUUGUUUGUUUGUUUGUUUUUCUCUUUAGCUGAUGCUGAUGUCGGUCCUGAACUGCAUGUUCGAGUCGCUCAGUCAGAUCCUCAGGUACGUCAACAGUCUUAAAACAGCAGGACUGAAUAACUUUGUACUAACUGGAGUAAAUUUAUGUGCACAAAGUAAAGGAAAGUUGAAGACUUUAAAUGCAGCAGUAUUUCCCCUAGAAUCCAGGAGCUACGCUGUUACAUUCACAUUACGUUACCCGCGCUACUCGCUGUACAGACAGUGUUUAAGCUUAAACUUUACCCUUCACGUUAGCGGAAGAGGGUCGGACAGGAUUUGAUGCGCUCCUUGAUGACUCACAACAAGUCGGAAAUAAAGUCGUGUGUUGUUGCGCUCACACAGCGCGAGGAGAAUCAUUCAGCGGAGUCCGAGGUAGAACUAUGUGAGAUAAAAACUGAUUUUUUUUUAGGUGUGGCGGCUUUUAUUUAGCCGUGGCGGUACGUCACGAUCAGUUGCAUGUCGGGGAAACUCUGCGCCGUAUGGUCCUCCUCCUUUUGCUGCAGCAGUUUGAUUUAUGGGGGAUAUUUGUGGUCGUGUAAAGGCCCAGGAUGUUAACACUGUAACAGAACAUUUCACGUGUAUUUCUUUGAUCAUUAAUCCUAAUUUUGCUUUUUCGCUCUUCUUGCACACUUUUGUUUCCUGCAGAACAACUCAAGGCUGUUAAAAAUCCAUUUCACUAAAAGUAACGCCACAUAAAUAGUCAGGGAGGUUUGUUGACCUAUUUUGCAUGAAAAAAAAACAAAAAAAAACAGGGUGCAGUCUUACUCUCUGAUGCACAUUAGUCUCAAACUCUCCUGGAUGUAGCGUUAGCUCCCUCAGUGCUAACGUGCACACACACACACACACACACACAUCGAGCUGCUCAGAGAGAAACUGAGUCACUGUGGAGAAUCUGGUGUAAAAUCAAACAGCAGUGUCUCAUUCUGGGUAAAAAAAUCAGGAUUUCAUUGAGAGUAUCUGACGAACGGAGACGCAGCGUUCAGCCCCUCAUUUUGAGAAGCACAAAGAUUAGUUCGCAAAGCCGUUGUGUGUUUCGGCGCGUGUGUGCGAGCGUGUCAAUUUUGACUGGAACAUUACCAGCCAAACGGCGGCGGCGGAUGCGGUUGCUAUGGGAACAGAUGCAGCAGUAUUGCAGAGCGAGAGCGAUGGAGACACAGAGACAUUAUCACACAGUUUGAGGAGAUUAUCAGCUUUGAAAAGUUUCACAGUGAAAUAUGCAAAUGUUCCGAUUCGAGGGUUUCGCUUUAACGUGAGUCAGAGUGUCGGACGGUCGCGAAGAAAACGCCGACGUGUCCCCAGAAUCACAGGGACGUGGUCUUAAACAUGUUCAUUCAGAGUAUUCAGUGUCUGUUUGUCUGCAGGAAAAACGUGGAGCGGAGGUGUUUACUGGACAACAUGGAGGGAGUGUUUCUGGUGGUGGAUGAAAUCAUUGAUGGAGGGUAAGAGGAAAAACGCCAUCAGCUGACUUAAGGUCAAAAACAACACCUUGGCGUUAUCAUACGACAGAAUAAACUUCAUUUUUCUGGUGUCGUAGUUUUCUAUUUGAUAAUAACGUGAAUGGGAGCAGCUCACAACUUUACCUGAGAACUCCAGAUCCUGCUCCAGGUCUCGUCUCUGAUUGGCUGCUUUCUUCUGUUUCAGGGUGAUUCUGGAGAGUGACCCUCAGCAGGUCCUACAGAAGGUCAACUACAGGGUAAGAGGAAAAACACCAAUCAGUCACACCAACCAAUCAAAUCCAUUCAAGUCCUGAACAGUCCAAUCAUGUUUGGCCUGGUAGCUUCUCUCCUCAUCUGCUUCCUGCCUCCUCUUACCUGCUUCACCUUUCCUUCUCUCCUUCUCUCCUUCUCUCCUCUGAUUGGUGUCAGCUAAUGUCAGAGCAAGCCUAUGGCUUCGUCCUGUUUGAUUACAUCACCGGUAACCUAGAGGGACAAACAGACAGGAGCCAGCUGCUGUAGACAGACAGGGUGAGAGAGAGAGAGAGAGAGGGGGAGAGUGAAUGGAUGAGAGAGAGAGAGAGGAGGUCAACGCAUGGUAAGAGAGCGUGACGACUAACAGAGAGGUUUGAAGAGAGCAGAGAGAGUUUGUCUUCUUCUAACACUCUGGUUGUGUGUUUUCCUCUGAGGACCACGAUGAUUCUGAUCUGCAGUUUUGGACGACGACUGACCAACAAACUCGAAUUUCAUUAAAACCAGUGAAACGUGAUUGGCUGAGCUUUUAACCUAUCAGAGUUUGGUGUCUUUGCCUACGUCAUGCUUAAAGGGAUAUUCCGGCGUAAAAUUAAGUUAGGGUCAAACACACUGAGUUAGACCCCCCCUCCAGAGAUGAAUGUUGUCGACCGCUUACUUCUCUAGUUAUACCAACUUUAGUAACGACCGCAGGAUAGAAAUACAGAGAGCCACGCCCUCAACCAUCUAUCUAACUCUGUAUUACGGUGGGUUUGACCCUAACUUAAUUUUACGUCAGAAUAUCCCUUUAAACCAGACGUGAUCGUAACUGAACCAGACUCCGAGCUAAGCUAACUGACGACCGUAACAAUAGCUUGUUUGGCUAAGUGCAUUCUUUAUCCCUGUUAACCCUCUAAACUGGAGGCUUUAGACCAAACCUAACUUUGGCCCUGAAGACUGAGACCAUGAACUAAUAGAAACAAUGUUUGAAGGUGGACCAUUUGGUGUCGCCCCCUGCUGGUUGAUCAGAAACCCUCUUUUUAAUGCAGUCUUUAUAACCACCACGCUGUGAGUGACUCUGAGUUUCAUCAUCCCUGCAGAUCUAACUCGGUUUGCUGUGAUCUGAGUCUGUUUACCUGUUUUUGUUUUUCUCUUUUUCAAACUCAAUAAUGUUUGUUUUUUUUUAACAGGCGGAUGAAAACCCGUUAUCUGAACAGAGCGUGGCCCAGGUAACACACACACACACACAUUAGUGACACCUACCAUACAUGUGAUUAUAAACAUGACACAUUAUAAUGGAGCUCUAUGGGGAUUGACUCACUUUUGGGACAAGCCUCUAGUGGACUAUGGAGGAACUGCAGCUGUAGUAUUGGCUUUUCUCAGUCCUGUAGGUCCUUUAGGUCCCUUAUUUUUCUUUUUAAGUGUUUUAUGGUCAAAUCAGAACACAGAAACAGGUUCUGGUCCCGCCCCCACUCCUGUUCAGGGUCAGGUUCUCCUGGUGCGCUCGCCAUGUUUCUUUUAACUCUGCAUCUGCCUGCACCAGCCUGCAUGCUCCUCCCUCAGACAACAUCCAGAUAGCCAAUCAGGACAGCGCCUGGUUACUAUAGCAACCCUGUAAUAUACUAAAAAAUAUGUGCAAAUGCUGUUAUUAUUGUUGAAGUCUUCUAGCUGCUCCCAGUUCAGCAGUUUUGAGCUCCUACAGCUUCUCAAACACAGAAACCCGACGUAUCUUCAGAAAGUUUAGAGAUGUUUCUGCUGCAGUUUGACAUCUGUCUUCACACUCACCCGCCUGCAUGCUCUCGCUGCAGCUCAUGAUGCAUGCUCAGCUAACAGCUCGUUUGUUUGGCUUCCUUUCCCAGCAGCAGCAGCAGCAGCAGCCGGCUCUAAUCGGCUCGGCUGUGAAUGAACGGAUUGAUGGAUUAAUAAAUGGAUAAUUAGAUUAACAGCAGAGAGCUGCGGCUGGAAAUUAAAGACAGAUGUGAAACUGAUCAGAUCGGUUUCAGAGGCAGUCGUGUGUUUAUAUCUGAUCGACUUUGCUCAGUCUUAUCUGUUGUGAUUUCCUGAACAUUGACAUUUUCUGCUCGUGCUCUCACACUCUAAGCUUCUCUUUCUCUGUUGCUUGAACCCUGACAGCACAUUACAGAGAAACUGGCUCUGACCACUAACGUAAGUCUCUGCUAACCACACCACGCUUACCUCUGCAUCGUUUCCACUGCACUGUCAUAACACUCUGAGAUUUUCACCAAACAGUCAAUAAAUUUAACAAAAACCUGUAACAGAGUUCGGCCCUGAAAACACGAGCGAGCCAAACUAAAAACCAGGAUGUCGGUUUACUCUUAUUUUAAAGUAAGGAGAGAGAAACAGUCCAAGAUAUGAGUGUAUUUAGCAGGAUUCUGCAGCACAGUGAAUAUACCUGAGCUCCAUGCGCCCCCUGCUGUUUAAAAAAGGAACUAUUUCAUUAGUGACUCAUUACUUUAGAGUCAGUUUAGGCUACGUUCACACUGCAGGUUAUGAUGCACAAUUCAGAUUUUUUUGUUAAAUCUGAUCUUUUUGUGCGGUCACAUCGGAUACAUAUCUGAUUUAUGUCCACAUACAAAAGAGGCCUGGAUCGGAUUAGAACAAAUCAGAAUUGUUCUGUUCACACUUAGAUGAAAAAAUCAGAUAUGUGUCACAUAUGGUUAAAAGAUCUGAAUUGACCUGCAGUGUGAACGCAGCCUGAGUUUGAUGUUGAUGUUCGUCUGCAGAAAUGAAAAACACGAACUCAAAAAUCCCUGACUGUACGGUGAUGAUUAAAUAUACACCUGCGUUCACAGGAGUAAACAUGUUUUUAACAUUUUAACGUUAGUUAUUGUGUCUUUGUGUAAUGUUUUUAAUUAAAUAUGAUGUGUAAAUGAUUUGGAAACCAGUUUUAAAUCAACACUUUACACAGUGUCCCUCAUCUUACUGAGCUGAGGUUGUAAAACGGUCUUUUUUGGGGGCUUCAUCCCGCACUGUAGACAGGAUAUGACAGAGAAUUGAGUUAGACUCUAAAAGCAAGCGUGAGGGAUGACCUGAGACACAAUAACAAACUGAACUUUUAUACAAACAGUCUUCUGUUUGAGCCAUACAGGCCGAGGUUUAAAGGUAUUUCAUGUUACCAAAUGAUCACUGUAUGUAGCUGCUCUGAAACCCUAUGAUCAGUCUGACCUCUAGUGGCCGAACAGCAGAACUGCAACAAGUUCAGAAAUGAAUAAAACUUCCUUUUAUUUAAUUAUUAUGAAUACAAAAAACCCUAAACAACUAAAAUAGUGUAAUUAACCACUAAUAAAGAUGCAGUGUUAUACAGACAAACCUUCUGAUCCAUCUGAUAAUGACAUGUACUCGUCAUGUUUCCUGCUCUGUGCUCUUUUAGCGUAUGAUUGGACUAUCUCACAUCAUGUUGUGUUUCAUUUCCAUGUGUUUUUGUGUUUUCAGGUCCUGCAGACGGCCAAGGAGCAGAUCAAAUGGUCCAUACUAAAAUGACUCAAACCACAAAUAUUUAGGAUUUUUCUUCUUUGGUCCCAAAACUCAUUUUUUUUAGCAUUAACACACUAAAAGGGAAAGACUGCAGGAGUCGGUUUAUGGAGCAUUUAAUCUGUGUGUGACGGUGUUUGUGUUGUUAAUUUAUUUAGUUUGAGAGCUAUGAUGUUACUCAUGUAGUAGGAGGCCAAAUGACACCAGGAACCAAAAGACAAAGUUCCAGCUGUGAGGCUCUGACACUGGAACCUGAUUGGAGGUUAGUUAUCUGCUACUUUUAUUUUGGCGGGGCAGGAUCUUCCCCUUAAAUUUCCUCAAAGCUGAAUGUUUUAGAGGAUUUAUGUGGUUGUUUUUGUACUAAGAAUACACUAUUUUACACAUUAAGAAUCUUCCUCUUAAAAAGAACUACUGUUACAUAUUUUAAUAAUAAUUCUGACAGUUCGUCCUCCUGUCUUUCGGUACCUGUACGAGAAAUCCAAACAUGUAAAACUAUUUAUUUGAGGUAAUCUGAAGUAAAUCAAUAUUCGAACACUACUCCAACUUAAAAAAGAGUCAGUGACAAACUUUUUUUUGACAUUUAUGCACUGAAUCGCUCAGUUUAAUGAUAUUUUAAGAUCUUAUUGUGUUCCUUAUAUAAUACAGAAGAUUUUAAAUUAAAGUUAAAAUGCUUACUGACACUAAAAAGACUCAUAAGGGGUAAAAUGUUAACUUAAAUAUGUAUUUUCCUAAGAAACACGUGAAGGAAAACAAACAUCUGCACCUAAAAUAAGAUUUGUCAUCACAGAGGAGGUCAAAUAGUGAGAGUUGUAAAAAAUAAAAUGAAUAUUUUGAUAUUUUUAGGUAAAGAAAAAUGUUAAUAGUUAUUAAAUAUUUUCUUAAAGGCAGAAAAAAAAGCCAAAGAAAAACUAAUUAUAUUGUUUACAUUUGAUUUUUAUUCAGACUGAUAGUCGUUGUUGUGUCAUUAGUGAAUGUGACUGACAAUAAAUCGGUUUAUUUAACCUGGA